AUGCGUCGACGAGCAACCCACGCUGGCACCUGGUAUCCCAGCUCAGCAGCCGCACUGAGGGCGGCACUCGAGACAUUUCUUGGUGGAAAACGUGCAGAAGGAGCAGGAAAGGUCUUAAUUACUCCGCAUGCGGGCUAUGAGUACAGUGGGCCAACUGCUGGCCGCGGUUACGCUGCAAUGAACUGGACUGGAGUGGAUCGUGUAUUUAUUCUUGGUCCUGCACACCAUGUCGACCUCCGGCGCUGUGCACUCCCAUCGUGCACUGAGUACGACACUCCUCUCGGUAUACUGUCAUUGGAUAUAGAGGUAAUUACAUCGCUUGAAGCAACUGGUGCAUUUGCACGGAUGGAUCUCCAGACAGAUGAGGAUGAACAUAGCAUCGAACAACAGCUGCCAUUUAUAAGGCAUCAACUUGCUGAAUGGUCACCAGCAGCAAAGAUUGUACCAAUUUUAGUGGGUGCAAUUGGUACAGAACAAGAGGAGUGGUAUGGACAGCUGUUGGCACCAUAUAUCGGAGAUACAAAAAACCGAUUUAUAGUCUCGUCGGAUUUCUGCCAUUGGGGCCAACGGUUUUCGUAUACAUACUAUGCAGAGGCAGGAGAGAAGGGACGGAGAUUGUGGCGGGAAGAAGAGCCGUUGAGGGGGGAGCCGAUCUAUAAGUCGAUUGAGCGAUGUGACCGAGAAGGGAUGCAAAAGAUUGAAGAAGGAAGCCACAAGGGGUUUGUAGAGUAUCUAUCGAGGACAAGAAACACGAUUUGCGGGAGGCAUCCGAUCAGUGUGAUGCUGUGUGCACUGGAAAAGGCGAAAAUACGUGAAAGAUUCCGGUUCAUCGACUAUACACAGAGCAGUCGGUGCAGAACGGAAGAGAAAGAGGAGAAAUGUGGAGGAGGAGUGAAGUACUGGAGUUGGAGAGGUGCUAGGAAGUGGUGUUGUGUUUGUUUGAAGGAAUUGGUGUAG